CUGCAGACUGCUUGUGGUACACAAACUACACAAGUUUUGUUUGUCAUGCAGGGCGCAGCGCUCCCAGCAUGAAGUCAUUUAAGUUGAAUUGUAAUCAUUGUUUCGUUAUGAAUUUGCUAGCUCUGUACUCAAGGGAGGACAAGCAUCCAAUGACAGUGAAAUUCACGAACAAGACAGGCAAAAAGAUCCAGCUAUUCUGGAUCAACAAGAAAGGAAGACGGAAAAGAAAAGGAAAGUUGAAGGAUGGUCAGUCCAAGACCAUAGACACUUAUGAGACGCACGUGUUCAUGGCUGUCAACAAGAAGCUGAGUCGGGAGCCACUCUUGAUUAAUGGCAGUCCAGUGUUUUAUGCAUUCCCGCACAAACAUGGCGGCAAUCAUUUGGAAGUUGAAAUCAAGAAACCAACAGGAAGUUCUGUAAACAAGCUAAAAUCAGAUGCUCAGGUGAGCAUUCCAGUGGAAGUAAAGUUUGUUAACCGUGCAAAGCAAGAAGUUCAGUUGGAGUGGAUCACCCCUCAAGGUCGCCGUGAGAAAAAGAAAGUCUUGCGAAAGGGUCGCUGUUGGCGGACCAGUUCAUGGGAAGGUCAUUACUGGGUCUGCUGUGACCCUAAGCAUGAUGAGCAUUUGUUUGCAUUGAAUUACGGCCUGCAUUACAGAGUACACAAGACCAGACGAGCAAGGGAAAGGGUGGUCAUCACAGCAGAUAUGAAGAUCGCUGGCAGCAGUAGCAGCAGUAGCAGCAGUAGUAGUGAUUGAGUGUUCAUGGUUAAUGUCCAUCCACCAAGCAUGUUACUGUAUUGAUGCCAACACUGAGAAGAAAUAAUUAACAAUUAGUUCACGCUUAGCCCGUACUCUUCUAGUAGACACUCGUCGUUGUCUUAUCAGAUUGCUUCUCUAAUCUCUGGCUGUUUACCUUAUUUUUACGAAUUUUCGCGCGUACUAUUUUUCGUGAAUUUCGCUCUUUGGAAAAAAAUCGCGAAAAUUAUAUUCACAAAAAAAUGGGUGCUCGAAAAUUAAAAACGCUAAAUUUGAUAAAAGGCAUGGAUUUUAAAUGCUCUUUGUCACGGGCUCGUUAGUAGUAAUAUUGUUCAAUUUCUGUCCUUAAAAAUAUAGUCUUUAUGGUUAGUUUUCAACUAGUUAUCGCUCUUCCUUCAAUACCCAGUUAUCUUGAGCUUGUAAAUCCGCCAAAACCCCUUCAGGACAGUUGUCAAAUUUUCCAUUCGUAGGCUCCUUAAAGUGAAACAAGGCUCUCAGAUUAGGAUUAGGUGGAUUAAAGUAAUGGCAAAACCGUGAAA